AAGAAGAAAAAUAAUGUUUUGCUUGUUUAUGAAUUUCUGCAGUUGAAACUUAACCUAGAAAUAAGUGUACUAGUGUAUGAUAAGAACGACUGAGUUUUAUAUCAUCAUUAUUAUGUGUUGAUACAAAAUUAGUUAAUAGUCAGUUCUUCUAUUGAAUACAUCUUUAGUAAUUUUAACUGAUUUCAGAAUGUCGCAAUCAUUGUCCAGCUAUUUCAGUAUGGUUAAUAAUGCUUGGAGAAACAAGGCUGGUGAAAAAUUAGCAGAUUAUUUAUCAUAUCGACAUAAUCACUCUCAUAACCCCAACCUACAAGUGUCCAAUCCUGAAGCUCAAUGCAGUGACUUCUUAAAUUCUCCUCUGGAUGAAGUAGUUGCUGCUCAUUUAAGAUGUAUAAAUGAGAUGAAGAAAAAGAACUAUAACAGUGCAUAUGAGCAUCAGACAGUGUUGGUGCAGAACCUGACCAAAGUCUUCCAGGGUCUGCGGGACGAGAACUGGCUGCUGCCGGCCGUUAAUGGUGUGUGCCUGGAACUGCGGAUGGUGGCUACACACCUCAUGAAACAGCCAGGCACUGGUACUAAGCCCCUGGAAAAAGCUGCAGAGUGUCUCAUGGCGUGCUUUCGGAUAUGUACUGCAGAUAAUCGAACAUCAGAACAUGAUACCAAGAAGUGGGGGAUGAUGUCUCUUGUAAACCAAUUGUUUAAAGUUUACUUUCGUAUCAAUAAACUGCAUCUGAUGAAGCCAUUGAUAAGAGCAAUCGACUCGUCACCCUUGAAAGACAGGUUUUCAUUGAGCCAACAGAUCACCUACAGGUACUUUGUCGGCAGAAUGGCAAUGUUCUACAGUGAUUAUUCUACAGCUAACGAGUACUUAACAUAUGCUUUUACUGAGUGCCAUGUAAUGUCAAAGAAGAACAAAAGAUGGAUUUUGUUGAAUUUAGUUCCUGUUAAAAUUCUAUUGGGUUACAUGCCAACAAGGGAAGUUCUGAAAAAAUAUGACUUACUGCAGCUGUGGGAAGUGGUGGUGGCUGUGAAGCGAGGAUGUAUUUCAGAACUGUCGAAUGCAAUGCAGCAGCAUCAGACUUUUUUCAUCAAGAGUGGCAUCUAUCUUAUCAUUGAGAAACUGAAAAUUAUUACAUAUCGAAAUCUGGCAAAAAAAGUGUACUUGUUUGUGAAAACUCCACAAAUGUCUAUGUUGACACUGCUUGUGGCGCUGCAGUUGAUGGACAACACAAGCAUCGAGCUGGAGGAGGCUCACUGUAUCCUGGCCAACUUGAUCAAUGAAGGGAAGGUCAAGGGUUAUAUUUCGAUCCAACAUCAGAAAGUUGUGCUCAGCAAGAUCGAUCCAUUUCCGAAACUUACCUCAUUGAAUUAGUUUUUAAGCUGUAUACGUACAUGUAGACUUAUUUUUGUACAGUUUUGCAAUAUAUUGACAUAAAUCUAAGGUUUUUAUUA